AUGGUUUUGAGAACACGUAUUGAAGUUCACUGGGAGAAACCUCAUGUUAUCAAUCGGCCACUUACUGCUUAUGCUUUAUAUUUCACCACUGAUCCAAUGCUUCCUAUUAAAAGUUGGUCUCAAGUGAAUGUUUCCGCACCAGCAAUUUCUCACGUCAUCAAUGGUCUCAAUUCGGACACGCUCUAUACCAUUCGAGUUAGAGCUCACGAUUCAAUGGGACCUGGCAAAUUAUCUAAUCCUGUUUCUGUGCGCACUCUCCCUCCUGCUAUAAGGCCAUUUGUGUUUAUCCCGGAGGGCACAGAAAUACGUGUGGCGCCACGAAUACCAUUUACUAUUAAUUGUAACUUGAGCCGAGGCGAACCAAUUCCUGAUAUGUAUUGGGAGUCUCGUAGUCGGAAUAUUAGUAUUGCACAACAAGGCAGACACAUUGCAUUACAACACUCUGGAUUAUAUGAGAUUUUUGUACUGGUAACAGGACCCAGUCAACCUGAACGUAUUCGCUAUCACACUGAUGGAGAUACAAUUUUCCUUCAAUGGGAAGAGCCUCGAAUCACUAAUGGACCAAUUGUUGACUAUGAAGUCUUUUACAUUCCAAGCGUUGAUGCUCAUAAACCAGAUCAAGAAUGGACGGUCCAGAGAAGUGGAGGUCCAUCAGAAAGGACGUUAACAUUACGUCCUUUACGUGAGCAGACAGAAUAUAUGGUUAAAGUCAGAGCACUGAACAGGAAUGGGCCAGGCCUUUUUAGCCUUCCAUUUACGUCAAGAACAUGGUUGGCACCACGUCUACCAAUAGUUCAUACCGUUCCUUCCCAUCAAGUUGAAAAAAGGCCAAGUCAAGAAGGUUUUGACGUUCUUUGUGAGGCGGAGGGAGUGCCUAUACCUAAAAUUCUCUGGUGGUGGGAGAAUAGACCCAUUGAGGAUGGAAGUGGUGGAUUUCGUAUUGUUGACAUAGCGUCAUUAGAUGAACAGGCAAUUAAUGAAAGAGGAAUAUCUGAAGCUCAAAUCAAGAUGAUUAUUUUAGGUCCAGGAAGUCCUCCAGACAAAAUAAGUGUUCGUCCAGUUUUAGAUGGAUUUAGUGUUCAUUGGGAGCCCCCCUUAAUUCCUAAUGGUGAUGUACUUGGUUAUUCAAUUUAUUGGAGCAGUAAUCCAGACGCUGACCUGGCCGAAUGGUCACAAAAAAAUUUUGAUUCUAAUGCUCGUGGUGCCACCAUUACCGAUCAGCAGGAACAAACGCCUUAUGUCAUCCGUCUUCAGGCUUUUGGAAGUGACGGACCUGGUUUAAUCUCGCCAAGUUAUGAAGUAGUUACUGGCCUGAAGCAUAUUCCUUUGAAUGUUUCCAUUCGUAUACUCUCGCCAUCAGUUCUACCAGAAGAAAAGGAAGGAGGAACUUUAGUUGACCCUGACCAAGCUAUUAGUUUUGAAUGUGUUACUGAUGGAAGACCUCAACCAGUUGUUUCUUGGUCUUGGAUUCCAUUUGGUAAUACUAGCGUUGGCUCUUCUCAUUUAACGUUAAAACCUGAUCCAUCUACCUUUCAUCGUUUCAUUAGUGCCCCUGCAGAGGCGCGAACUUUGACAAGCAGAACUUUGAUUUGUGAGGCGCGCAACGACCAAGGUCAAGUCCGGGAUGGGCAUAUUUUUCGAGUAUUAAGACCUGGUGGACCUCCUGUAGAGCUUGGUUCUUUAGUUGAAAUUGACAACAGUAUAAUACUAAAUUGGAGCCCUCCAAUUCAUCCAAAUGAAAAUCUAACUGGCUAUAUUGUUUACAUCUCCCCAGAUCCUAAUCUUCCUCUCGAACAAUGGAGAGUAUUCACAGUAGACGCAAAACAACCACAGCUUACUUUACCUCGAGGUGAAUUACAGCCUCAAACCCCUUACUAUGUUCGAGUAUCUGCUGAAAAUCCGCAUGGCCGAGGCCAGCUCUCUGAUAUAUCCCGCUUUGUGACACUCAGUGGUGCUCCUAUUGACGUUCCAACGGAUCUGUCUGUCCAUGUUGAGCCUGAUAAUACUAUUCGCGCCAGUUGGAGUCCACCCAGCCAACCAAACGGAGAAUUAAAACAUUACACGGUUUACUUUAUAGCGGAAGAUAAAGCUUUAGAGAUGCCUGAUGCUGAUGAAAAAUAUCACCGCUGGCCGAAUGUACAAGUACCUGCAAAAGGAGACGAUAUUGGCCAAGUAAUACUUGACAGGGAUACUCACGUUAUUCUGCCAAAUACUGUAUAUCGAAUAAGAGUAACUGCUUCAAAUGAGCUCAGCGAAGGUCCAGCUACACCAAAAACGUUCUUUCGUACAGGAUCUGGCGAAGUGGCACCAUCAUUAAAGCUUGAACCUCCAGAUAAUCCGGCGAGUGUAAAACCUUUGGAAGACUAUUCGGUUAUUUGUGUAGGUACAGGUAUCCCAGCCCCGGACGUUUGGUGGACCCUUGGCACAGAAGUUAACCGUCAGCAAGGAGGUUCUCAAUUAAGACUUAGUAAGCUUAGCAAGGAUAUUGUUGCUGUUUGUCAUGCGCAAAACAAUGCUGGAGUAGAAGAGUUAACUCUCAAUGUUCAAGUUAGAGGUCCAGGCACUCCUCCAAAUGAAAUUGUUGCUAUUCCAUUACCUUCGCAAAUACUUUCCAUUGAGUGGGCGCCGCCUGAUGAACCCAACGGAAAACUAACUGGUUACGUUUUGCAUUAUGCUGAGGUACCUGAUGAGAAGACUGCACCAGCGGAUGAUGAUUGGAAUACGGUCCGCGUUGGUCCAGAUGCAAACAAAUAUCAAUUAGAGGCUUUAAAGGCUAAGACGAACUAUUGGGUUAGACUACAAGCAAUUUCAGAUCGAGGGGAGGGCAUUAUCUCGGACCCAGUAAAGACACGUACACUCCCUUUGGCACCAAAGGCACCAGAUGUAAUGCCAAUUGAAGUGCACCCAAAUAAUACCGGCAAGUUACAUUUCUUAAUUGAAAUUUACCCAUACAUACAUAUUAUACAAUUUAAGUUCUUGUUAAAUUCACACCUUCUGAUGAUCCAGAGGAGGAGGGCAAAAAACUAUAAAAUAAUAUACACCAACGAAGACCCAGCACUAGAAGAUACUAAAUGGAAGGAGAUUAUUUGGGACAUACCGCAAGGAGUUGAUCCGAGUAAACAAUUGCAAGUUUUCAUUGAAGGUUCUUACUUGGAUCCAAAAACAAAGUACCAUGUUAAGGUGAUCCCGAUUGGUGUGAUCGAAGGUCCUCCUUCUGAAUCACAAGAUUUUGACACUCAAACUGGUGUUGUUCCACCUGAUCAGCCUCUUAUUCAUGUAGAUACGGAUAUUCUUAAAGUGCCAGCCGGAACAGAUUACACCGUUGAAUGCUCAGCAAAUGGUUAUCCCCCUCCCAAAGUAUUCUGGACAGAUGUUGAUGGAAAUGUGGUCAGCGAAGGUUCUAUGCUUCGAGUGUUCGACAUCCGCCAGAGCACAGACUAUCUUUGUGUGGCUGAAAAUCUUGGUGGCAGAAAAGAAACUUCAUUCCGCAUUUUUGUCUCUGGGCCAGGAUCAGCGCCGGAAAUGAGUUUAUCUAUCACAAAGCCAAAAAGUAUACUCGCUAAAUGGGAUCCACCCACUUUGCCUAAUGGAAAUAUCACUCGCUAUAUUGUUUACUACACACCGCUUGAUGAUCAGACAAUGGACCUCCUUAUUGGGCAAGUUCCUGCCAAACCUAUUUCAGAAUGGAUAAGUGCUCAUCUUUUGGGACCAGCUGCCACUGGACCAGGCCAGAAGCAAGCGUUGCUCACAGAUUUUAUUGAGCCUGAUACUGCAUAUGCUGUUGUGGUUCAAGCAGAAAAUCAGGACGGGUCUGGUCCUUACUCCAUUCAACAUAACAUUCGUACAAUGUCAAGAAGCAGAUCUUCCCCACCUACACAUGUAUCUGUAGAGCCAAUUAAUCAAACAAGUGUAGAAGUUCAUUGGCGCUUAGAAGUUAAAAAUGGCGAAGAGAGUCCAAUUGGUUAUGAAAUUUACUUCGUACCUGCAGAAAAAGAAAUUGAAGAAGAUGAGUUGCUUAGUAUUCCAAGCUGGACACGUGUCAAUGUUCUUGAUCCAUCAAAGAAUAGUCAUAUGAUUUGGAAUAUGUUUGAGCCAGAUUCUGAAUAUGUUUUCAAAAUUAGAGCUUUUUGUAUUGCCAAAACUUUGCCUGAUGGAGAUGCUCCAUUCCUUGUAGUUUCAGCUGGAGGCCGUGGAACGGAAGGACUUUCCGUUAUUCGCCUUUUGCCUGGUAGUGAUUAUACUGUUUUCUGUCGUGCUAGCGGUAGACCUCAACCUGCUGUUCGUUGGAUCCGCGGUGGUGAGAUUCCAAUUGAUCCAUCAACUGUUAAGGAGGAUGAGACGGGCACAAAAUGGUCUCUAUCAUUGGAAAAUUUUACCGAACCUAGUAUAUUUAAUUGUGUUGCUCGAAAUCCUCUCGGUGCUGCAAAUUGGACAAUUCAACUAGAAAUGGUACAGGACCUCCGACCGGACUGGCUAUCUAAAUUAGUGAACCCUGAAGUACAUAAUGGACAGCUUUUACUACAUUUCCCUGAUUCACUCCCUGAUUCAUUACGCCGACCCAAUCAAUGGACUUUACGGUAUUCUGAUGAUCCAAGCAAAGAGAAAAUACUAUGGAGUGUACUUGAAAGCGAAGAUCGACCUCUAACCAGUAUUCCCAUUAAAAGUCCUGCUGAUCCAAUGCAGCCCGGUCUAACUUAUCAUUUGGUAAUUGAAAACCCAACGGAAGGCGUUAGAUCUCCAGUUCUGACAUUAUUGGUACCGAAAGCGCCUUCAGAAUUAAGAGUUGGCUCAAACAUAAACGAUGAAAUGGUUGUUGAUUUUCGACCAGCAAUUACUUCAUCUCCUGUUGAACAAUAUUUAGUCAAGUAUUGGCCAGCAGACAAGGAUGUUAGUGCGACCGUAGCUCCAGAAUCUAUUAUACAAACUAUAUCCAUCCCUGGAGAUCAGCCUGUCACUGGCAUUCGCGUUCCUGAUCUUCCUCGAGAUUCUGAAUUUUAUUUCCAAGCCGUUGCUGUUUUAUCAGAUGGCCAGGAAUUAGCCAGCACUCCUGUGAUAAUUAGAACCCCGGCGAAAGAAAUUCGUUGCGAUUGUUCACACGCAUGCCGGUUGCUGGAAACUGAUUCAGUUGAGGUUAGAAUUGAGUGCUAUUGUCCUGUUGGAUGGCUACUUACUUCAGACGGAAGGACUUGCAUGCAGAUUGAACCAACUACAGGGCCUGCUCUUGAAAUUUCGCCCACUUUUGAGCUUCUUCCAGAACAAGCUCUUGAAGGAAAAGUACCUUUAAUUAGUCAAAUAACUCCUUUGCAACCUUUGAUUGAAGUAACCGCUUCUUCGCCGUUACCUACAGAUGAAUAUGGAAAUUUGAUUAUUGCCGAUUUAGAGGAUCAUAUUCCACCGCAUAUUUUACCAACAGAUGCAGUUGGACGUGAAAUUCGUCCAGUAGUAUUCUUCAAUGGAACCAAACUUCGCAUGAAUGAAGACGGAAAUUAUUUAGAUCCAUUGGGCAGAAUUGUGACCAGGGAUGAGGAACAACGGGCAUUGGGGCCAGAUGGACAGUUAUUGAAAUUAGAUGCCAAUGGGAAUUACGUCUAUCCAUUAUUAGACAAAUAUGGUGAGCCAAUCCCAACUGAUGACAGUCUUCGACCAUUAUUUGAAGUCGUUGAUGAAGAAGGAGUUCACUGGCCAAGAGACAAUAAGGGCCGUGUUCUUGGCCCCAACAACCGUCCAAUCCCUACUGAUAUAACUGGACAAUUUCUUGGACCCGGUAGUUCUCCACUUCCGACUAAUUUCUAUGGUCAGUUUUUGAUGUCACGAAGAGAAGAUUCGGUUGUGCCAACGGAUGCACUUGGUUACCCCAUUUAUCAAGUGGUUUAUCCUGAUGGCCAACCACUUCCAACAGUGAUGUCCGGGCAAUUUAUUAAUCCAGAGAGAGGUGUAGAAUUCAUGAAGGAUGAUCAAGGCAUACCUUUAGACUCCCAAGGAAAACAUCUUAAACAAGACGAGAAAGGGAAUUUUGUUUUCCAGCCUGUUAUUGAUCGUUAUCCAGAUAAGGAUUUGCCCGAGAAAAUAACUAAAGAAGCUUCUGUCGAACAAUCAACAUUACCAACGGAUUGGACUCCGGGACAAAAAUUUGAAACGACUAAAUUGACGCCUAUUUCUGGUCGACCGGGCAUUGUGGUUGAUGGGCAUGGACAUCCCCUCUCUACAAGUGCAGAUGGCCUUUUACUCGGGCCAGAUGGUUCCCCACUUCCUACGGAUGCAGAAGGACAAUUUGUUUUAUCCUGGGGACAGGAGAGAGAAGAGCUUCCUUCUGAACCAACAGCUCCUAUUUCGGAAAUUGGUCCAGAUGGAUUACCACAAGCAGAUGCUGAACGACAACAAAUACAUCCUGCCUUUCCUGAAAGCAAGGACCAACCUUCGUUGGAGAGUGAGAUGAAAUGUAAUUUGAAAGAAGCUGUUCUCGAUAUUUUGAUUGCAUUUAAUAGUGAAUUAAUUCAACCUUAUGGCGAACAUUUACGUCGCGCUAUGACUGAAUUAUUGAACCAUCUUGACUUAGCUGCUGAUAUUGCACGUGUUGGCAUUCUUCACUUUGGUAAAAGUGUGAUCAUUCCCGUGAGUCUUGGAGGAUAUCAUGAGAUUAACCAAAUGCUCGACCAAAUUGACCGAAUGCAAUCUGCCUCCUCAGCACUGGGAGUACCUGAUGUUUCAGCCGUUUACCAUGCAGCCAUACAACAAUUUAGCAGUUUUGGCCGUAACCAAAACAUCCCAAAAAUUCUACUUGUGUUUAGUUCAGGAGAAGAUAUAUUUUCUGAUACUACUGCAAGGGACUUACUUGCUUCUCAUGAUAUUUUUAUUAUUCUAGUCGGUCCGAGUAGUUAUGACUCAGAAAUAGCUGAAGAAAGCAGUGAACAUGUGCUUGUUAAUAGGUGGGAAUUGCUGGAUGGCAAUCGACUUGCCGACUAUCUGGAAGCAGCUUGUGCGCGUAAGGCGCUUAAAUUACCGAAAUCACGAACAAAAUUUGUAACCGGGAAAGAUACUAAAGAAAUUAGUACUAUACCGCCAAUCAUUUUUCCACAAAUAGUACCCAGUUCAAUUGAUCAUUGUUUGGCACUCCAAGCCCGCAGUAGUAUCGUUUUGAUGAUUGAAACUUCCCAAGAAAGUUCUAGCCUACAUUCUGAAUUAAGACAAAUACUUCUUCAAUUUAUCAAUGAAUAUGUAAAAGAAAAAAAUCCACAAAUUGGCAUUCUAUACUAUGGUGAUACAGUUGAUAUUGGAGUUGAUGUUGACCAACACAAUUAUAACGAAUUAGAAGAUUCGGUUAAGGAAAUGCAUUUUAUCGGAGGUGUAUCCAAUCCUUUGCUUGCUAUCCGGACUGCUCAGAAAUUGUUGGUCAAACUUGGUACCGACACUAUUAAACUUGUUAUACACAUUCAUCGGAACAAGCUUAACCUUGAACAUGAAAGCGAGGUGAAAAGAAUCGUAAAAUCAGAAAAUAUUGCUUUGUUGGAUCUUUUUUAUGAGCGUUGGUCUCUACUCAAAAAUUCUGAGCCUUUUUGGAGUCAAAAAAUUUGCAUGUUAGAGGCGUUAAUUGAAAGGCUUGAGAAUACUGUACCUGGAGAUAUUGAUAAAAUAGUUUUCGAGCAUUCAACUGAACAACCACCCAAGAAGACACAUCCUGAAAUAACUUGGCCAGUAACUACACCUGUAACUAUUGAACCAAGAAUUCUGCCAACUGAUCAUGUGGUUUCGUCCUUUCCAGUAUUGGGACCUGAUGGUCAACUAAGACCAACAGAUUCUGGAGGGAAUUAUCUUGAUUUGGAAGGUUAUCCUCUUCCAUUAGACGAAUUAGGAAGACCGAUUGACUCAGAAGGAAGAUUAUUACCAACAGAUUCUCAAGGGCAUUUUCUUCUUCAUAGCACUAGACCUGAUCAAGUUCUUGCUACUCGAAUACCACAAUCAUCUCCAUUGCCAACAGAUGAGUUAGGGCAUGUCUCAAAAGGUGAAAAAGCUAUUAUAAUUUCUAGUAAAUAUAACAAUUUUUCAAUUUCCAUCAGACCGUGAACCCGAGGUUGGUAGAGGAGAAAUGGCAUUGCCAACAGAUCAGACAGGAAAAUUCAUCCAUCCUGUAAUUGACUCUAAUACCGGCGAGCCAUUGUUGACUGAUCA